AUGCGGGGAGUGGACGGGACACAAGAGCCGGCCGGAUCGAGCCUGAACUCCUUUAGGCUCAGGGUCUCCCCCGCUGCCUGCCCCUGGGGCUGCGUGCUCGGGCCUGAGGGUUGGAGCGACGCGCCCUUCUGUCCCCUGCACCGUCCACCGGGCGCCGCCGAGGCCGAGCACAGCCUGUGGCAGGUACGUGGGGACCUGGGGAGGGGCGGCGGUUGCUCCGGUCUGGUCCCGCCACUUCAGCUCCGGGUGACGCCGCCGGUCGCCUCCAGCGCGGUGAACCGAAGCGCUAUGGGAGAAGUGUCUGGGACCUGCGACGUCUUGCACCAUGACCUGGAUUUCUGGGACCAAAAAGACUUUUGCGAGGAGUACAGCGAGGAGGAGGACGACGAUGAGUAUGAAGAUGAAGCGGUUGAAAACGGGGACUGGGUGGGCUUCAACGAGCCCUGGGUGUUUGAGGAUGGCUUGCCCCCGUUCCCAUACCUGGCGAAUCCUUUCGAGUACCAACGCUUUGUGAAUCUUUUCGGGGACCACGAUCCUCCCGAGUCUGUCUCCCUCCCCUCCAGUCUGUUGGAGGCUAAGAUGGGCCGGCUGCCUGCCCCCCAGGGGCACCAGCUGACAGCCGAGGAAGCAGAAAGGAACGCACAGGAGCUGGUGGCAGAGGAGGAGCGCGUAAAGAAGAAGGCAGAAAAAAAGAGGCUGAAGAAGAAAAAGCAGAAAGACCGGAAGAAACGGGAGAAAUUGGAACAAGAGCAGAAAAGUGCACUGCAGGCCAAGCCGAGCACCCCAGCUGCAGGCGUUGAACACCCUCAAACCAGCAGUGCUGAGAAAGGGAGAGAGUGUCCAGUCCCCAACACCUCUGCAGGCCCUAGGGGCUCCUUGGGUGAGGAGGAGGGAGGCCAGAGAUCCAGGAUAGAGGAAUUGGAGGAUGAGCUGGACCUGAGCUGCUCCUUCGUCUCCAAAGCCCGGGAAAAAGCAGGCGUCAGGCUGCCAGGGCCUAGCAAAGAGAAGCCAGGCAGAGCAGACAGCACCAAGCCAGGCAGGAAAGUGCCAGGGAAGGUGCCUAAGCCUGAGGCCCUGGACACAAGCAUGGUGGAGCAGAGCCUGGUUCUUGCAGGCCGUGGCAAUGAGGCUGCUCAGCAGGGCAGGUAUGCCGAGGCAGUGCAGGUCUUCACCGAGGCCAUGAGGCUGAACCCCCAGGAGCACCGGCUCUUUGGGAACCGCUCAUACUGCUAUGAGAAGCUCCAGCGCUAUGAGGAAGCCCUCAGAGAUGCACAGGAGUCACUGCGGCUCCAGCCUGGGUGGCCCAAAGGCUUCUUCCGCAAGGGCAAAGCACUGCGGGGGCUGCAGCGCUACGCUGAGGCCGCCUGCACCUUCGAGAAGCUGCUGCACCAGGAUGGGGCCAACGCUGAAGUGGCCUCUCAGCUCAAGGCCUGCCAUGCCCUGCUGUUGCAGGGCAGCCACCAGAGCAGCCCAGGAGGGAUUCCCAUGUCCAUAUCACCGCUGGAGGCCACAGAGCCACCACUGUCUCCCUCUGGGAAAGGGGCAAGUAUGAGUUGCCAGAACAGAAGUGGCUUUGUCACCAUCGUGAGCUCCAGGAAUCAGGCAAAGGGCCAGGGCCAUGCUGCAGCCAGGAACCCCAGCAGCACUGGUAACUUCCCAACGCUGCCUCGUGGCCAUCCUGCAAGGGAUUGUUACCCACUCUGGGUGGGCAAUAUCACCCACAGGAUCAGUGAGAAGGUACUGCAGCGUGCCUUUGGCCGUUUCGGGGAGAUUCGCUUCAUCCGGAUGCUGCCAGAGCGCCGCUGUGCCUUCGUCAACUACACUCAGAAGAAGGCAGCAGAAGAGGCAUAUAUGGCCAUGAAGGAGGCUGAACUGGAGGGCAGCAGGCUGGUGCUGCAGCUCAAGCAUCCAUCCCAUGCCACCCCCCCUCCUUGGCAGCACCCAGAGCACCCUCACCCCCUCUGCCGCCCGUUCCCGCCGCCGCCGGGCCCUGUGGCACCGGGCUGGGGGUCCGUGAUGGAGCCGGUCACCAGCACGGGGCGGGAGGGGUGUCUUCCCGCACACCCCCUGCACCCGCAGGACUCCUCCCUGCCGACCCCCCCUGCUCAUCAGACAGUGACAUCACCGUUUAUCGAGCAAUGA